AUGACCUUGGCUGAUGUGACAACUAGUGCCGGAAUAAUCUUCGACGUCAUACAGUGUCUUCUUGAGCGCUGCCUGUACUUCGGUACCGCGGACACCAGAAUCUGCUUCUCUCAUAUUUCGGACGCGCUCCUCAACCCUGAGAAAAAGAAGGUUAUCCUCAUUCUGCACUCACAGGGCGGUCUCGAAGGUAGCAUCAUUCUCGACUGGCUCAUCAACCAACACCCCCGUGAGGUCCUGCAGAAGCUGGAGAUUUUCACAUUCGGCAAUGCCGCAAACCACUUCAAUAACCCUCGCGUCAAGAAAGAGCAUGCCGUGCCCAGAACCAAGGACCGUGCCAUUCGCCAUAUUGAGCACUACGCCAACUCUAAAGAUUUUGUUUCUCGAUGGGGUGUGCUUCACUUCAAGAAGCAGACGGCCAAAAAGGAUGGCCGCUUCCUUCGCCUCGGCGAAAUCACCGCUCUUAUUGCGAGGAAGACUCAGAUCAUCAAAGCAACAACCAAGACGGCGAGCAAGCAGGCCAACAAGCUGGAUUCGGAGUGGAAUGCCUACGAGGGUGUAUUGAUAGAGCGCAGCGGCUCGGGCCACCAGUUCAACCAGCACUACCUUGACAACAUCUUCCCACUUGAUGAUAGUCUCAGCAGAGUCCAGACUAACGGGGAUGGCUCUCCUCUCCCAGGGACCUUCAUGGCAUCAAUGACGAACAUUCGCAAUGAUCCCUGGAAAAUUGAUGAGCAGCGAAAGCUUACAAACGGAAGUGAUGGAACUGCUCACCACGGCAUAAACGGCCACUCGGAUGAAAAGGAAGUGUACAAGAUCAGUCGCCUCUGGAAGUACGUGAAUGGCAACAGCCCUAUUGACAAGAAGCUGUAG